CGUUCUCAUUAGAGGGAGUAGAUUCGAUUUUUGGAACGAUAGACCGCACUGUUGUGGAUAUUACAGAUAACUGGAAAGAUGGUUGACAAGUUUGUGGGGACCUGGAAAAUGAUUUCCAGCGAUAACUUUGAUGACUACAUGAAAGCUUUGGGUAUGAUAUAUUUUUCUAAUCUUGAAUAAAUGAUUGAUAAACUUAUGAUAGGAAUAAAUAUAACGAUAACAUUACAUUAUAAUACGAUGAAGAUUUGUAUUUAUGUAUGCAUGAUAAUGCUUUUGGUUGCACCCCACUACACUGCCAAUAGAUCCCACAUGACAGUUUGUUCUCCGCUGUGCAGGUGUUGGCUUCGCGACCCGACAGGUGGGAAACCGCACCAAGCCCAGUCUGAUCAUCCUCAUGGACGACCAAGGAAUUAUCUGUGUGAAAUCCCAGAGCACUUUCAAAACGGUUGAAAUUAAAUUCAAACUCAACGAGCCUUUCGAGGAAACAACUGCAGACGACAGAAAAACAAUGGUUGGUUGGGAUCAAAAUCUGUGUGUGAAAGUCAGUUGACUUGGGUGAACGGUUCAUUGGAAAUAACUUUAUUUUUCCUUUCAUCUUCAGACCGUUUUUACUCUUGAAAAUGGCAACCUUGUGCAAAAACAGAACUGGGACGGCAAAGAGACAACAAUAGAGAGAGAGGUGACUGGUGAUGGCAAGUUGAUAGCCGUAAGGAUCAGUUUUUUCAUUUCUUAUUAAAAAACAACUUUAUAAUAGCCUACAUGUUUCUCAAAUGGUCCUGUAGUCUUUUUUUUGCCUGUUUGUAGUUUGUUUAUUUGUUAAUAACUUCUGAAUUUGACAGAUUACUGUAAAAUAAUUUCUGAUAUUAGAAACUCAUUUUACUAAACUUUGUAUAAACAUUAAGUUGUUGGGAAAGUUAAAUCACACUUGAAUUUAUAAGCUCAACCAUUUUACAUGUAAGACUUCAUGCAUUUUUGACUGAACAAGUGUUUUAUCGCUCUCAAACCUACAACAUAUGCAGGAAUGUUUAUUCCUGGUUGAUAGCCAGCACGUGAAUCAUCUCAACUCUGACCUACCAAACUCUUUUUCCCUCUCCUCCUUCCUCCUCUUCCUCUCCUCUUCCUCCUCAUCUUUACAGAAAUGCGUGAUGGGGGAUGUGGUUGCGGUGAGGACGUACGUGAAGGAGGCAUGAUGGGUCUCGUGACAAAUUUUUUUCUUCGAUGAUUGGAUAACGACAGGCUCAGUUCAAUGAGCAGCAAAGUUAAAGUUACAGCACGUAUUUGCUCAUAUUCUUCAUUGUAUUGCCAACGCAUAUUUAUGCAUUGUACUGCUCUAAUAUGAUACAUUUGGUUAUAAACAUUGUUUUGAUUUGAAUAAAAACCUUAAAAUUGC